UCCUGUGUGCAACGGAGUACAUUAUUGGUGACUGUUUUUUGUUUAAUUUUUUUGUCUUAUCUGAUGCCAAGUUGUCACCGACACGUUUCAGCCGGUGACAGACAGCUAUAGUAAAAGCAGCUUUCGUUGGGGUGUACUAAACAUUGCAAAAGUAAAUCUGCUCACAAGAUGGGACGACAUCCUCUUUCGUUGCUGAUAGUGGUACUAUCGUUAAUGCUGUUACCAUAUGGAUACACCUGGAAGGAAUAUCGGAUACGUAGAAGCAUCGACCUGUCUGCUGCGAACCCACUCAUAUCCGAUACUAAACUGCCCACCGAUCUAGUCCCGUCGGGUUACAGUCUCUUCCUACACCCAAUGAUCGAAAAAUCAACGUUUGCCGGGCACGUUAACAUUACCAUGGUGUGUGCCAAAUCUACCAAUCAAAUUACGCUGCAUGCUCACCACGAUCUAAAUGUGGAUGAGUUGGACCUGUCGGUGGUCAAGAUGGACGAUAACAGUAAGGUCUCCAUCCGACGCGUGGAUCGAGUUCCGAAAAAACCACUGCUAGUCAUUUACUUCCACGAUCUGUUGACCGUCGGGGUAGCGUAUGAGGUGCGCCUCAAGUUCAACGGUAACAUUUGGGAGAACGUGGAAGGCAUCUUCGAGGGAAGGUACAAACAGCAGUCCAACAGUGGUGGAUCGGAUGGUGUCGGUACAGAAUCCGAGGGUGUGAUAGAAGCCGAAGAUCACACUUACGUUGGUACAUACUUCCGACCCCAUAACGCCCGUCGCGUAUUCCCCUGCUUCGACGAGCCCGCGUACAAGGUACCGUUCAACGUCAGCAUCGUACGACCGAGAAGUCACCACGUACUGUUCAACACCGAGCUAGAGCGCACAGAAGAGCUUAGCCCCACCGAUUCAAAGCACGUGAUCGAUGUGUUCAAGCGUACACCACCGAUGUCGACCUUUACGUUUGGCUUUCUGGUGUCGGACCUGCAGGAAGUACCAUCCAUGUCAGACGAGAAAGAUGAUGAACGUAUGAAGCCAGCGAUCCGUAUAUGGGCUCGGCGCGACUUCCAGAAAAAUGUAGCCGAUGUACAGCAGCGGGUAAAGCUUGCACUCAACAAGCUGCAGGAAUAUUGGGGCGUAGAGCUGCCGCUCGAGAAGCUAGAUGUGGUGGCACUGCCAGGAUUCUCUUACGUUAAACCAGCAGAUAACUGGGGUUUGAUUGUAUUCAAAGAAAGUGAGCUGAUGAGAGGAUACUAUAAUCUUGCACAGGAACUCGUCUACCAAUGGCUCGGCUCGUGGAUCACUCCGCACUGGUGGAGCGAUGCACACGUAAACAAAGCCAUCGCAGGAUUCCUUUCAGCGGACACCGCCAUCAAAAUUGAUGGUGGCGAUGAGUUCGAGGGCAAAUACCCAAUGACCAUCCUGUAUUCGAUCUACUACGAGUUUAGUAAACGCUACCCACAUUCACGCAUCACCGCUAUGAAGCAGGAAACGACGUGCAGCAAAACCGAGCUAGUAUUGCGUAUGCUCAACUACACACUCGGUGAGGAUACCUUCCGACGUGGUUUGCAGAAAUUUAUCCAACAUCGCGAGUACAAAACAUUCUACGGUGACGACGUGUGGGAGGCGCUAACCAAGCAGGCCCAUCUCGAUCAGCGUCUGUGUGAAUCGGUUACGGUAAACGAUGUCGUUAAUUCGUGGAUUACCAAGGAUCGCAUUCCGAUGGUAAAGGUGGUACGGUCGUACGAAAACCAUUCUGCCACCAUCACGCAGCGGCUAUAUUUGCGUGAGCGUCCCCACGAUGUGCCGGAACAGGAUAAGAUGCUUUGGUGGAUCCCUAUCGUGGUUGUCACGCAGGACCGUUUGAACUUUGCCAAUAUCAGUACGGUGAAAUGGAUGAAGCAGGUGCGCGAGGUAAAGCUGGAGGAGCUGCCUGGACCGGAUGAGUUUAUUAUUGUCAAUCCGGAGGAGAUUGGACCGUUCCCGGUGAACUACGAUGAGCGUAAUUGGAAUUUGCUUGCUACUUUCCUACAGAAAGAGGAAAGCCGAACUAUGAUACCCGUCUACACUCGAGCAAAACUACUUCACGAUGCAUGGAAUUUGGCUUAUGCGGGUGACCUUAGCUUCGGUACCGCCUUCAAUAUGACACUGUUCAUGAAGUAUGAACGUAACCAUCUGGUAUGGAAUCCUGUCUUCACGCUGAUCGAUCACAUUGGGCGACACAUUGAUAUGUCUGCGGUGCACAAAAAGUUCGAGAUGUACGUUCGCACCCUGUUGACGCCAUUGUACGAAGAGCUGGUUAUCAACCAACAGGAAAACGAAGAGAUGUGGAAGGCAAAUUUGCGCUCUCUGGCCAAAAAUUUCCUCUGUCGUGCCGGUUACAAGCCUUGCAUCGAGGAAGCGCAACGAGCGUUCAAGAAGUGGAUGGACAGCCCGGAUCCAGAUGCAGGAAACCCAGUUGCUAACCAGUUCAUAUGUCCAGUGUUUAAGUGGGGUACGCGCGAGGAAUGGGAGUUCGGACUACAGCGAGUCAUCAAUUUCCCGGAGUCACGUGUUAAGAGUGAGCGCACGUAUCUGCUCAAAACGCUUGCCGGCUGCCCAAGCCAACCGUUCAAGAUUGAUCGUCUGCUGAAUAUUAUGGUACUGGAGGAUAAUGGUAACUUUACUGACAACGAUAUCAGUCUCAUCUUUAAGAUGCUUUCCGGUGGUUCAAGUGGCUACUCGACGCUGUUUAACUUCCUGAAGAAUAAUUGGGAUGCAAUCAAGCUACGAUUCAAGGACCGGGAAUCGCUGUGGGACAAUAUGAUUAAUUCCGCGACUGGAUUGUUUACUACGCAGGAGGGUUACGAUAUGGUAUCGCAACUGUACGUACAGCAUCAAGGAGAGUUUGGUACGGCGGAACAUAUAAUAGAGAAAUCAUUGAAAAACAUCAAGGAAGAAACGAAAUGGAGCGACGAAAAUUUGCCAGUCAUAGAGAAGUGGCUUGACGGUUUCCUCGCUAGUAAUGGUGUCGCGGAUCAGAAGUUUCUUGGUUGAUAUCGUAUCAAGUAGAAGUAGUUAUAUUUUAAAGCAAUGUUAACUGGUUCAAACAGACAGAACAGACACAUUCAAAAGCGAACGAGGGUGGUAGAGAUUAGGGAAAGAAAAAUGUUGCAAUGGUGUGCAAGAUAUACAGGUAGCUUCAGAAGAGUAACAUUAUGUAUAUGGUGGCUUUUUAAUGAUGUGUUUUUUUAAAGAUUCUUGAUGUAGAGCUAACGUAGAUGGUAAGUGUUCGUGUCAAUUUGUUUGAAUGUUUCACGGCAGAAUGGUGUAGCACCUUAUGGCAGUGUCUGAAAAGUCAUUGCUACGCUUGGCAGCCUAAUUACAACUACCCGGAAUGAAACUUGCCGAAACAAUAAACGACAACUUACCGAUUUCA